CGUAACAGCAAGAAGAGGGACAAAGACGCACAUAGCGGGACAAAAUGCGACAGUAAGAAACCUCUUCCAACUAAAUCAAAAAUCGUCGGAAUGCGUGGAUGGAUGUUCGUACUGGUGGAGCUGGGACGAGGAGUCGAAACUAACAAUGGCAAGAGAGAUGAGUUCAAGUGUACCAACUAAGUUGCGGACAAUAACUGUGGUCAGAGUGCGCGUUAACUUUGGAUAGCCGUGCGGCGCGUUUCAGUGUCCACCCCAGAUCUGCAGCAGUGGCAUGGAGCAGACACAAGCUGCACUUUGGAGGAUGAUUUCCCACUUCUGAGCGGACAUGCUUCCCGGAAUGACUGUUCCUACGCUGCUUCUCUUUUUUGCAGCCACGCGUGGUGAUUUCCCUGAGUCAGAUCCUGUGCCCCACUGUUGCAAAGCUCACCAGGAGGAGGCAAACUUAACUUAACGUGCGCGUUUGUGGACAACUUUGCGUAUUUUCUUCGACUGGUAGCAAACUGGCUGCUUGCAAAACGCAUGUAUGGAAUACUUAUGAACUUCAGUCUGUGAGAGUCAAUGCGUAAAUUGUCCUGAUCCUAAUGUGCCGGUGGAGAAAGUGCCCGUCACCGAACUAGAACUCCAUCCAAGCAUGAAAUGUUGGUGCAGCGCCCUGGCACUUCUCCCAUGGGUGCUGGUGGCUUUAGAUGCCCAGCUAAUCUGCUGGCAGGCGCUCCUUCGGUGCCACGACGAGCCCGAGUGCGAUCUUGCAUAUGGUCAAUACCUGGCGGCUUGUGAGGCCAACAUCAGAGGGACGAGGAGGCAGUGUCCCAGCCACUGCAUCAACGCGCUGAUAAGGCUCAACCACACCCGCAGCGGGCCAGACCUGGAGACCUGCGACUGCGCCCAGGACCUGGAGUGCCUCAGCGCCAAGCGAGCCAUAGAGCCGUGCCUACCCCGCAGGCACCCGAGCGACGCCGGAGGGAUAGGGUGCAUGGAGGCCCGGCAGCGCUGCGAGGAAGACAGCAACUGCCACACCUCCCUCACGGCCUACUUGUCCUACUGCGGGCAGCUGUUCAACGGCAGGAAGUGCUCCUCCAAGUGUAAAGCCACCAUUCAGCAGAUGCUGUUCAUUCCAAAUGGCAUGCUGCUGAACCGCUGUGUUUGCGAUGGGGUGGAGAGGCCUUUCUGUGAAGUGGUCAAGGAGAACAUGAGCAAGCUCUGCUCCAUAGGAGACCACAGUGUUAUUUCAGACCAGCCUGAUGUGGAUGACUUGUACGAGGAUGAAGACGAUGAGCCUAAAACCGACAGAGUGGAGGUGUACGCUGAUCCUUCCUCUGCUUCGCAGAGGUCGUCCAGCUGCAUGAUGCUCCUGUUCCUUCCUCUAGCACGGAUACUGUACUGAGGCCAUGCUUGAAACGUUUGUUGGAUUUAUAUAUGGCAGCGUGAACAUGUCUCUGAGUUGGUAUGGAAUCAGUGACUUGCUCAAGGACACUUCAGCACAGGACUGGAACUCAGGUCUGCUGGCAAAGGGGAGCUACUUUUUCACCCCUGGGCCUCCCUGCCACCCCCCAUAGUCGCAACGUGACAGUGAGCACAGAAUGAUUUGUGUAGGCUUCCCACAACCAUACAGUUUGCAUAAUAAUCUGUCUUGGUGCACCCCUCGCUCAGGAAAACAGCUUUUUUUCCUUGGUCUGUGAGUCCAGUCUUCCCACAGAUGGCCGUACGGUGCUCAGCUGACGGGAAGCCUGUUGUGACAAAUGGCAAAACAAUACUUUGAGGUGACGAUGAGAGGAAGUGAACCACGGCAGACUUUGUUGCAGGGCAUUGGCAUUAUGUGUGCCUUUAACCAGUGCCUGUUUGUUUGGUAUCAAUGGUACUUGGAGUGUGGCUUUAUUAAGACUUUAGACAAACAUGGGACUCAUCCAGCCUCUGUUUGCUCUGCUCUCCAUUUCGGGGGCCUCUGCAUUGUUGCAGCAACCACACUUCAAAUAUUUGUGGGAACAGUCAAAGGACAGGCAAGGGUGUGGGAUCAAGUACUGAAAUUAAGUGAAGUGCCUCUCCAGCACUCUGUCUGGGCCCCUCCCCCAUAUGAGAUUGUUUUAUUGAACUUUUCCUGAGACCCCCCCCCCUUCCUCUCUACUGCCGGCCCCCUUUCACGCCUUUAAAAGACCCCUGUCUUUAUUACUGCUUUCACACUGAAGCAACAAGCCAGAAAAAGUCUGUCUGUCUGUUGUGUGAGUAGGUCAACAUAUCAUACCUGUCCACACACUGCUCAAGAUAAGACGUUUAUGGCUUCAGUUUUGUUACGUGUGGCUGAGCAUCAUUUAAGAUUUUACACAAACCUUAAGAAUGGAAUGGAAGCUGCUGCAGUAGGUUUUCAUGAAUCAUCACACAAAGAAGUGACGUUUUAUGCAUAUGCAACAGUGUGUGAACAGGAUCGACAGUGCAUUCAUUCUGGUGUGAACGCUCAAACGUGGGUGAGCGGAUGUGAGUCUGUGUCACGCAGUGUUUGUUAAAGGAGCAUGAGAGUGAAGGCAACAUGUAGAGCGCUGUGAACACGCAGGAUCGUCACAGAGUGCCUUCAUUCAUACUGAUAAAACUCGAAAUAAAGCACGAGAUGGAGUCCAGUUCACAAGUUCCCGGUGACGUUUUUCUCCUCUGAAAAUGCACUGUGAAGGCUUUUAUUUUGAAUGUGUUGAGACUGAGUAUUUCAGAAAUGCGUCACAUUUAUUUCAGUUGUGUAGCAGGGCCAGUGUUACCUGCCUGAUCCACUGGUCCAGGGAUUUAAACCUGCAGUCUUUCAGUCUCACAUCUUUCUUCCUCUACUCCACAUUAAGCUGUCCAGCAAAGAGGGAAAGCAAACACAAUGUUUUCGUUAGUAUCGAUCACUUGUAGUGAAGCUGCCAAUCUGUGUCUUCACCACCUGAACUUGUGUCAAAACGAAUCUCUUUGUUUUGCCAUGGAGUCUUGAAAAACUGUCGAUAAAUGUUAAAUUAUGAAGCUAGAAUACGAAGAAUGUGUAUAUAUUUUACAAUGAUAUGCAGUAAAAUAAGCCAGUGUCUGCCCACCGUCACUUCCUUUUAAUACAACAUGAACACACAAAUGUAGCUCAGAUUUUGUCCACAGAACCUGACGUGAUUUAGAGUUUUCAGUUUUUCAUCUCAUCUUGUGGGAACUUAGCAGCAAACACUUCAGAGCAGUGUCUUCCAUG